AUGUCCUACACUCACAUCACUCUCGACGUGGGAGCUGCAAUCAAGGCUUUUCAUGUGGUUUGGAACAAUCCAGGUGCGUGGUCCGACAUUAUAAUUCAUCUAGGGGAUUUUCAUGCAAUAAUGGCCUUUUUGCGGUUAUUGGGCGUUUCGUGGAGGGUAGUGGAUUCGAAGAUGUGUUAUUUCAAGCGGGUCAGUGUAGCUCUGGAAGCAUUACCUGAGUGAUGAGUGGAAAGCACUACAAUCGAUGUUGGCUUGUUCACGAAGCGUUUUCCGAGGCAUUGGAAAGACUCUUUAUGUAAUAUAUGAACAACGAGAGCGAGUGUUUCACCGGGAUAUCCAAACACGAGAAAACAACGUAUGAAAACACGAGCGCGAAGCGCGAGUGUUUUCAUACAUUGUUUUCGAGUGUUUGGAUAUCCCGGUGAGACACGAGCUCGAGUUGUUUAUAUGGCUUCUCAAAUGAAUCGAGACGUAAUAGAAUGUUUUUGUUUGUUGAUUUGAAUAGAAUUCUUAACCAAGCAUAACGUAAUUAGGAAUUCUAUUCAAGUAAUUUUGCAUGCGUAAUUAAGAUAUUUGAUGAAAACACUAGUGACUUUCAUCAAGUAUCCAAAUGGCAUCUUGUGAUCAAAUAGGUGAUUAUCAUUGGCUGAAUUGCUCAUGAAUUAUUAAUGAAUUUGAGAAAGAACAAUAUUUACCAACCAUGCCAGAGAAAGUUGAGGAGUUCGCCCAAAGUGACCCCGCCCAAGGAACAAGUUUAACGAACAUUCUUAUUAAGCAAUGCCAAACACAUAAAACCAAAUGUUUGAACGGAGAAUUUGGAAAAACACACCAGUAUUGGGAAAAAUAUAUGGAGCUAAUUGAUCGUCAGCAGAAAUUGCACUUUUCCAUCAAUACCAAUGAUCAUGAUCUGAGAAUGCUCAUUUGGAAAAAUCUUUGCCUUUCUGCUUCGCUACCAAUCGGGUUCAUUAUGCUCGCAAUGGCACAUAUUAUGUCGGUGGCUUAGAAUGUAUCGACAGCACUCACCCAGGAGCAAGACAGGAGAUCGAAGAUCUUGGUUUGUCCGUGCGGAGAAAUCAACUUGGCAUAGGACAGGCAAUCGGCAUGGCAGGCGAACAAAGUUACCUGAGAAGCGCAAAGACUGCGGGUAAUUUCAUAUUUAUGAAUUAAAACAUCUGUUGUAUUAAUGCGAUCUUCUUAAACAAUCUUUUCUUACAUAUGACGAACGCCAUAGUUAUAUACUUCAGAUGUAUUGUCAUUCUCUUUGUUUUUCAGGUGGAGUCACGCAGUUUGCUGCAAAAGAAAACACUGUUGCAAAGUGGGUCAUGAAUAGGCCAUAUCAAACCAAGUUUGUCGAAUCGUUACUGAACCUAUCAGGAAUGUCCACUACAACGUCAAAUCCACGAAAAUGUCUACGAAGCAGUGAAAUUCUUAAGUCGAAUAAGAUGGUGGGAAAAAAAAUGGUCGUAUUGCGGACACAAUUCAUCAAUCCCUUCCAACCUGAUCUUGACAAGGAUGAGUUGUUCAACUUGGUAUCGGGGUAUCCGGCUACAGAGAAUGUACGCAACUGCUUACUCACACUUGAAUCAAGAGGAAAGGAGCUAAUGGAUGAAUUUCAGGACAGACUUACAACGGAAUCAACAGGAUCGUCCAAAACAGUUUUUUGA